AUGUUUGAGAGAAGAAGAAACGCUGUUCUCUCGUUUCUUGGAUUCGGCGCUUUUUUGAUACUCGCCGUCUCCUUACGGCCUUACACUGCAACCUUUUUCCACAGUCACCCAGUAGAUGAAGAUUUUCAUCAUGUCAUUGGCAUCCACCUUGGCCAGAGUUAUUCCCAAGUGGGAGUCUUUCGAAAUGAAACAUUUGAGGUUAUUACCGACGACAAAGGUCGCAGUAACUUGCCAUGCUAUGUCGCAUUCCUAGAUGUCGACGCUCCUCUGGUUGGAUUCGAUGCCAAGGAACAGGCUUCCAGCAACCCUCAAAUCACUGUAUACGAUGCAAGGCGUUUAUUUGGGCGCAACUUCUUAGAUCCCGAAGUCCAGCAAGCUGUUAAGGAGCUGCCAUACGCUAUUGUGAACCAAGGCGGCGAACCUUUGAUUAUGAUACACACAAGCCAUGGAAAUGUAAUCAAGACGCCACAUGAGAUAUCGGGUUUGAUCGUAGCAAAACUUAAGGAUAUGGCAGAAAGAUAUUUAAAUGAAACUGUCAAAGAUGCUGUUAUUACUGUCCCAUCAAACUUCAACGACGCCAAGAGACAGGAAACAAAAGAAGCUGCCGAACUUGCAGGACUGAAUGUACUACGCAUCCUCGACGAAACAACAUCUACUGGCAUUGCUUACGAAGUAGAUACUAAGGGUUGCCUCAGAACCAAGUGGAGAUAUGAUUGCACAUACUUAGUGUAUAAUAUUGGAGACAAGCACUCUGAAAUUUCUCUUUUACAUAUAGAAAAGGGAGUCUUCGAAAUUUGGGGAACAGUCAGCGAUCAGAAUUUUGGAUGGAGUGACCUCGAGAUUAUCCCUACGGUCCUAGACCAGGUUGUGUUAUAUAUGGCAAGCAUGCAGCCAUCGCAAAAGGUGUCUAAGUUAGUUGAACGAGUUCUCAAGGAAGCAAAAAUACAGAAAGGAGAUGUCGAUGGUAUCAUUGUCGUUAGCGAAGACUCACACGUCGCGAAAACACAAGAAGUUCUCGAAGCAUAUUUCGAAGGAAAAGAGACACUAGCUCCAUCCGGUUUCCGCUACGAUCAAUCCAUCGUACGUGGAGCAGCAAUGCAAGGUUACCUGAUAACAGGACAAGAAGGAUGUACCCUUUCCUUUCCAGAUAGUCUAUUAGCUCUUGGGCUUGAGAUCAGCACAGGGACAUUUAUGCCUGUUAUCCGCCAAGGUACUGUUAUCCCACUCCGCAAUAAAAUUCGAGUAUCGACCGCUACCGAUAAUCAGGGGGAGGUCGUUCUUAGGAUUUUUGAGGGCCAGCGUGAGGUUGCUGCCAAGAACCGGUUACUCGGCACGAUUAAACUUGUAGGACUCCCCAGGCAAGUGAAUGGGCCGGAGAUUGAGAUAUCGUUCGAAGUAGACGCAGACGAACUUUUAACAGUAAGUGCGGUUGUGGGAGAGGGUUUGGCUAGUGGAGAAUUGACGGUUCAGCUUGGUCGAUGGCGAUAUACGGAUGAGCAACUUGAUGAGAUUCUCAGAGACGCGGAGAGGUAUCGCGAAGAGGACUUGCAGUCAUUGGCCAAAUUCCCACUUUUGAUAGAAGAUAGUGUUAUGGUGCGAGACGGUGGUGAUUGA